AUGGGUCUAUGUUUCUCUUCACCUAAGGCCCCCGGACAUGAAACCAAUCACCCGAACCCUAAUCCACCUCCAGAUAUACCUAAACCGCAACCUCAAGGGAAAGGGAGAGAGAAAGUUUGUAAUAAAAACAAGAUCCAAUGGAUGCAGGGAGUAGGGAAGCCAUUUGGUAAGCGCAUCGAUUUUGGAUACGCCAAGGAUUUCGAUAAUCGUUACACCAUUGGGAAAUUGCUAGGACACGGCCAGUUUGGUUUCACCUACGUUGCCACCGAUAACAACAAUGAUGAUCGUGUCGCCGUCAAGAGAAUAGAAAAGGCCAAGAUGACUCAACCGAUUGAAGUGGAAGAUGUGAAGCGAGAGGUUAAGAUAUUACAAGCUUUAGGUGGGCAUGAGAAUGUGGUUGGGUUUCACAAUGUGUUUGAAGACAAGAACUAUGUGUAUAUAGUGAUGGAGUUAUGUGAAGGUGGUGAGUUGCUAGACCGAAUAUUAUCAAAGAAAGAUAGCCGUUACACCGAGAAAGAUGCAGCGGUUGUGGUGAGACAAAUGUUGAAAGUUGCAGCUGAAUGUCACUUACGAGGUCUAGUUCACCGUGAUAUGAAGCCAGAGAACUUUCUGUUCAAGUCAACAGAAGAAGAUUCGUCUCUUAAGGCUACAGACUUUGGUUUCUCAGAUUUUAUAAAGCCAGGUAAGUGUUUCAACUCUUGUCUCUUUCUCAGGAUGAUGAUAAUGUUGUGCAAAAACAUGGCAGGAGUAAAGUUCCAGGACAUAGUAGGAAGUGCUUAUUACGUUGCACCUGAAGUGUUGAAACGUAGGUCAGGACCUGAAUCAGAUGUUUGGAGUAUUGGUGUCAUUACUUACAUUCUUCUCUGUGGAAGAAGACCCUUUUGGGAUAAGACACAAGAUGGGAUAUUCAAUGAGGUGAUGAGAAAAGAACCUGAUUUCAAAACAAACCCGUGGCCAACCAUUAGCGAGGGAGCCAAAGAUUUUGUGAAGAAGUUGUUAGUAAAGGAGCCACGAGCACGGUUAACAGCAGCUCAAGCACUAUCACAUCCAUGGGUUAGAGAAGGAGGUGAGGCCUUGGAGAUUCCAAUAGACAUAUCUGUUCUUGAAAACAUGCGUCAGUUUGUGAAGUUCAGCCGUCUUAAGCAGAUAGCUCUGAAGGCUCUAGCGACUACAAUUGAUGAGGAUGAGCUGGAUGAUCUCAGAGACCAGUUUGAAGCUAUUGACAUUGACAAGAACGGUUCAAUUAGCCUUGAGGAGAUGAGACAGGCUCUUGCUAAAGAUCUUCCUUGGAAGCUGAAGGAUGCAAGAGUAGCUGAGAUUCUUCAAGCAGUAAGUCUGCUCACUAGCCACUUCCACAGCUUUUGUGUAAUAUUUAAAAAAAUCCAUCUGUCUUUUCAGAUAGAUAGCAACACUGAUGGGUUAGUGGACUUCACUGAGUUUGUGGUGGCUACAUUACACGUCAAUCAACUAGAGGAGCAUGACUCUGACAAGUGGGAACAAAGGUCAAGAGCAGCAUUUGAGAAGUUUGACAUAGACAGAGAUGGGUUUAUAACACCAGAGGAACUACGUUUGCAAACGGGUUUAAAAGGCUCAAUAGAACCACUUCUUGAAGAGGCUGACACUGAUAAAGAUGGGAGAAUCAGCAUCCAUGAGUUUCGCAGACUCUUGAGAUCUGCAAGCCUCAAGUCAAAAACUGUCAAAACCCCUCCUGGUUACCAGCUUUCUCGAAAGAUGUAA